AUGUUCCAGAUCAAAGCGGCUACAACUACAAACGAGAACAACACCAACAACCCUUGCACACUUACCGCCUCAACAGAACCCCCAGCAGUAUCCUCCCAGUAUCUACCUGUCUCUCCGGUAGCAACAAUGGGCCACAUCAAAUGGCCCCCCUCCCUCCUGCGCACCGACAUCCUAGGCGAAAUCACGGACACCUCCGGCCGCAAAAUCGCCCGCGACAUCGGCCGUGCCGUCUGGCUAGGCGGGAACUGCUACUACGCCUUUGGCGAUACGUUCUGCCAUGAUGUUAAGAACGAGUUUUGUGGUGUCACCAACAACUCGAUCGCGUAUGUUCCGGAUCCAAGGGGAGCGCCGACACAGUCUACGUAUAUUGAUUAUGCGGCUGGGAACCCAGGGGCGGUGAGGGCGUUUGUGGGGUAUACUGAUGGUGAGAGACAGCAUUCAGUUGAUGCGCAGGGGAAGGAGAAGCAUGAUCGGGUGACGUGUUGGAGUUUUGGGGGGAUUGUGGAGGAUAGGGAGGGGUGUGGGAGUGGGUGGGUUUUCUUUGAUAAGAUGAUUACGGUCGGCAGUGAGAGUGGGAAGCAUUAUGGGAUUGGCGUUGCUCGCGCGACCGUUCAGCCGGACAAAUCGAUAAAGUUGGAAAGGCCGAUGGGCGAUGAGACAGUAUUCAAGGAGGGAGAGCCGAAAUUUGGAAGUAUCUCGCACCUCUGCGAUGACGACGGGUUCGUAUAUCUCAUGGGUGGAUACGAUCCUACUCCCGGAUCGCUGGACAUGCGGUGCCAUCUCGCGAGGAUCCGUCGGGAUGCGGAUUUCACGAAGCGGGAGAAUUAUUCCUUCUUCUGCGACUCGAUGGACAUGAAAGGCGAGUGGAGGCAGCAGUACGACGAUCCGAAUCAGUUGGCGAAGAUGGGAGACCUGGACAUCCAAGCUCAAGGGAAGUUAUUCAAAACCCCCGACUUCGCGCCCGAGGGACGACGCUACAUGUGGAUCGGCGUGAACAAGUUCAUGGCCGGACACUUCUACGUCGGCAGUGCUCCUGCGAUCACUGGGCCAUGGGAGGUGCACGACUUCGGAGAGCUGCCGAACGAUCCACAUCCAUACGAUGGCCAUUCCUCAGGUCCGAAGUACGCGCUGUAUCCAAACCCACGAGCUAGCGAUCUCGCGAGGGGGGAAAUGUUGUGCACCUGGACCGAUGCGGCGCAGAUGGGUGGGAAAGUGAUUGCGGCCAAGUUUUGGUUUGAGGGCGAUUACGAGAGACCGCCGCCGCCUGCGCCGGGUGUUGUUGAAGGUGGGCAGGGUGGCCACGGCGCUGAGCAUAAGCAUGGUGACGGGAAGGAUAAGCUCAAGAGGGACUUUUUGGGUGGGUUGUUGCCCAAGUAG